GAACAGCGCCAUUGCGGUGCAUUUUGGCUGCCCUCAAUUCCACUCUCGUUAGGAUCUCCAUUUUUGCUCCCUCUCCUACCUAUACUAUCCAUAAAAUCUAAAAAAAAACCAGAAAAAUCUACAAAAUUAGGUUUACAGUAGUCAAGUUACUUAUCGGAAUUUCUUGUUUUGGAGUAUCAUUUUUUAAGGGUUGAAGUUAUUUUUUCCUUCUAGGAUUUGAGUCAAAUAAGGAGGAGAGGGAAGAAAAAAAAUCAGAAAAAGAAAAAGAAAAAAAGUUUGAGAAAUGGCUGCUCAAGUGCAAGUUGUUCAACCACAACCACCACUAGCUGGACCAAAUGGAGCUGGAAAUACUGGACAAUUUCAAUCAACAUCUUUGUAUGUUGGUGAUCUUGAAGUGAAUGUAACUGAUUCACAGCUUUAUGAUAUGUUCAGUCAACUUGGUGCUGUUGUUUCUGUUCGUGUUUGUAGGGAUUUGAGUACCAGAAGAUCCCUUGGUUAUGGCUAUGUUAACUAUAGCAAUACCCAAGAUGCUGCAAGGGCAUUGGACGUGCUGAACUUUAAUCCUCUCAAUGGGAAGCCUAUCAGAAUCAUGUAUUCUCAUCGUGACCCUAGCAUUCGUAGAAGUGGGACUGCCAAUAUCUUUAUCAAGAAUCUUGACAAAGCAAUUGACAACAAAGCACUACAUGAAACAUUUUCUGCUUUUGGAAACAUUCUGUCCUGCAAGAUAGCCACUGAUGGUUCUGCCCAGUCUAAAGGUUAUGGAUUUGUGCAGUAUGAUACUGAGGAAGCUGCCCAAAAGGCCAUAGAUAAGCUUAAUGGUAUGCUACUGAAUGAUAAACCAGUUUUUGUUGGACCUUUCCUUCGUAAGCAGGAAAGAGACAUGUCAUCGGACAAGGUAAAGUUCAACAACGUCUUUGUGAAGAAUCUUUCCGAGUCGACAACAGAUGAUGAACUUAAGAAAGUAUUUGGUGAAUAUGGCACCAUUACUAGUGCUGUCGUGAUGAGGGAUGCGGAUGGAAAAUCAAAAUGUUUUGGGUUUGUCAAUUUUGAGAAUACAGAGGAUGCUGGUGUGGCUGUUGAGGCUCUUAACGGUAAGAAAAUUGAAGAUAAGGAAUGGUUUGUUGGGAAGGCACAGAAAAAGAAUGAAAGGGAGAAUGAACUAAAGGAAAAAUUUAACACUAUGAAGGAGACAGUAGACAAAUUUCAAGGGGUCAACUUGUAUGUGAAGAACUUGGACGAUAGUGUUGAUGAUGACAAGCUUAGGGAACUGUUUGUUGAGUUUGGAACCAUUACAUCAUGCAAGGUUAUGCAAGACCCUAAUGGUAUUAGCAGAGGUUCGGGAUUUGUUGCCUUCUCAACACCUGAGGAAUCAUCUCGAGCUCUUGCGGAGAUGAAUGGCAAGAUGAUUGCAAGCAAGCCUCUUUAUGUUGCACUUGCACAGCGAAAAGAAGACAGGAGAGCUAGGUUGCAGGCACAAUUUUCACAAAUGCGGCCAGUAGCGAUUGCGCCUUCUGUUGCUCCUCGUAUGCCCAUGUAUCCACCUGGUGGUCCAGGACUUGGGCAACAAAUAUUUUACGGUCAAGGCCCCCCUGCUAUCAUGCCUCCUCAGCCUGGAUUUGGAUACCAGCAGCAGCUGGUUCCUGGAAUGAGGCCUGGUGGCGGUGGAAUGCCAAACUUCUUUGUCCCAAUGGUUCAGCAAGGUCAACGCCCUGGAGGCAGACGUGGCGGAGCAGGGCCUCUGCAACAACCACAGCAGCCAAUACCACUCAUGCCUCAGCAGAUGCUACCAAGGGGUGGUCGUAUGUACCGAUACCCUCCUGGCCGUAACAUGCCUGAAGGUCCAAUGCCAGGCGUUGCUGGAGGCAUGUUGUCGGUUCCAUAUGACAUGGCUGGAAUCCCAAUGAGAGAUGCUGUUUCACAACCUAUCCCUAUUGGUGCCCUAGCUACUGCGCUUGCCAAUGCAUCACCUGAUCAGCAGAGAACUAUGUUGGGAGAAAGUUUAUACCCAUUGGUUGAUCAGCUGGAGCAUGAAAUGGCUGCUAAGGUGACAGGAAUGCUUUUGGAGAUGGAUCAGACUGAAGUUUUGCACCUUCUGGAAUCUCCUGAAGCACUCAAAGCGAAAGUAGCAGAGGCAAUGGAGGUACUGAGGAACGUUCAGCAGCAACAGCAACAAGCUAGCAGUCCCACUGAUCAACUAGCUUCACUGUCCUUGAAUGAAACCCUCUCCUCUUGAUGACUUAAUUUAGAGGAUGAGGUUCCAACUUUUAGGUUUAAGUACCCUUCUUGUUGGAGACUGAGAUUUUAGGAAUAAACAUUUUAGACAUGGCAUUGACAAGUAGAGCUUGAGUUGCUUUUCACAGAGGGCUCUGGAUUUUUGAUAGACUGCCAAUGUUUUUGUUCCUUGUUUCUUAUCUUUAGUUGGUAGCAGUAGUAAUAGGAUGAUUUCUGAAGCUUGUCACAGAUUUUUUUUUAUGACAAUGUUGGGAUUUGUUUAAUUGGAUUUUAUUUGCCACUUUUAAAUGUUUUGCUCUUA